AUAGCACAUAAGCAAAGUCACCAGCGAAAGCACAUAAACUGUGCAAGGUUAAUCUUAAGCCCUGUGUCUGUGAAGUUUUAUAAAAUCCUCGCAAAAAAAAUGAAUGUGACAAUUUACCCAGACCAACUUUACACUUCAAAGACCUAACUCUGAGAUUUAAUUUAGUAUUUUUAUCAACUCAAUAGCGAAUGAAGCCGAAAUACGGAGUCAGAGACAGAGAUGCACGGUCUAUAACGGUAUUUCCGACAAUAUUUUCAUUAUGUGGGACACACAUCAAUUUUCAUUAUUUGCAGCAGCAGUGACACCGCAGCCGUUAUCCUAAAUCAGGUCACAAUGUCUUUGAUAGGGAAGUUUGUGAGAAAGCAUCUAGACUUACUGGACAUAGAAAGACAGGCAGAGAUCGAGCAGACAAGUGAUCUACUUGGUAAGCUCUCUGUACGUGAGCUUGAAAGACGAGGAGUCUGCCUUCUGAAACUCAGAUGUGCCAGUCAAGCUACAGGACUCUAUGGAAGGACAGUCUUGACCUUUGAACCCCUGAGGUCACAAGGUCAAGAUGGGAAACUUCCAGCUCAUAACUUUGGACCAGGUGAUAUAGCAGGAGUGAGCUUCUCCAACAGUGACACCACGUCUGCAUCUCUGCUAGCUUCAGGAAUUGUGUCAAAGGUCACUGGCUCCAGUGUCGCUGUCGCAUUUGAAGAGAACGUGGAGGGGAUAUCACGCGGUCAUGACGACACAUUCAAACUCACCAAGCUUGCGAACGAUAUCACAUAUAGGAGACUUAAAAAAGCUCUUCAUGAAUUAGAGGAGUACCGUACUGGACCUGCUGUUCGAUUGAUUGAAGUCUUGUUUGGAGAGAGUGACCUAGGCUCACCAAUCAGGCUUCCAGCUAUUAAUGAUCAUGAAUCUGGGAGUGUGGAAUUCUUUAACGGCAAUCUGAAUGAUAGCCAAAGAGAUGCCGUGACCUUUGCCCUGUGUCAGCGAGAGGUCGCUGUGAUUCAUGGCCCACCCGGUACAGGCAAGACCACCACAGUGGUUGAAGUUAUCCAACAAGCAGUGAAGCAAAAUAUGAAGAUUCUUGCCUGUGCUCCAUCUAACGUUGCAGCCGACAACCUCUUAGAACGCUUGUCCUCAAAUCCUUCAUGCUCUAUGGUCCGUCUUGGUCAUCCUGCUCGGUUACUUCCAAGCAUUCAGAGGUUCUCAUUAGAUGCAAUCCUUGCUUCCAGUGAUGGAGCAGCUAUCGUCAGAGACAUCCGGAAAGAACUAGACACUACUCUGAGUCAAAUCCGUAAGACAAAAGACAAAGACGAGAAGCAUCGUUUGAAAGACGAGAUGAAAUAUCUUCGACAGGAUUUAAAAUCCAGAGAGCAGAAAGCCAUCCAAGAUAUCCUGAUGGCUGCUGAUAUCGUCUUGGCAACCAACACCAGUGCUUCCACCAAAGGACCCCUGAGGGCGCUACAACAGGGACAUUUUGACUUGGUUGUCAUCGAUGAAUGCGCUCAGUCUCUUGAAGCAGCAUGUUGGAUCCCCCUUCUUAAUGCACCAAAAUGCCUUCUUGCUGGUGAUCAUUUACAGCUACCUGCCACCAUUAUGUCGAAACAAGCUGCAGAAGAUGGGCUCGCAACCUCCCUGAUGGAACGCAUCAUAAGUCUCCAUGGCAACAGAGUAGUGCGGAUGUUGACCACUCAGUACAGGAUGAAUGAUGACAUCAUGAAAUGGUCGUCUGAUCAGUUGUACGAUGGAAAACUAGAAUCACAUCAAUCUGUGGCUUACCACCUUCUCAAAGACAUGCCAUCUAUCGUUGAGAAUGAGAAUACCUGUAUACCACUGCUUCUGAUUGAUACAGCUGGAUGUGAUGUACUUGAACUUGAGCUAGAAGAUGAAGUAUCAAAAGGCAAUGAAGGAGAAGCAGACAUUGUAAGUCACCAUGUAAGCAACCUCAUCACCAGCGGCUUGUCCCCGUCACAGAUUGCUGUCAUUGCGCCUUACAACCUGCAAGUAGACCUCCUGCGGCUGAGGUUGUCAUCAAAGUAUCCUACCCUUGAGAUCAAGUCUGUGGAUGGGUUCCAGGGUCGUGAGAAAGAAGCAGUCAUCAUCUCAAUGGUCCGAUCCAAUGACAGAGGUGAGGUUGGAUUCCUGACAGAGGAUCGUCGUAUCAACGUCGCCAUUACCCGAGCGCGACGCCAUCUUGCAGUCGUCUGUGAUUCUCAGACCGUUGGAAAGCAUCCAUUCUUAAAGAGUCUCAUAGAUUACUUCAACGACCAUGGGGAAGUGCGUACGGCUUUCGAGUAUGAUGAAGUUCUUGCUUCUUCCUCUGACGUUCCAAGACCAGAUCACCUAGUCUUCAAAUCAAAGACUACUAGUAGCACCCACAAGAGUACCAAGGCAUCGGGAACAGUACCUAAGGGACAGAGGAAAGGUCAACUUAAGAAGCCAGAGGUUAAAGGUCAUAGUUCACCCACUGACCCUGUGCAAAGGAGUAAGGAAGAUGCUACCUUCCUGAAUGAAACCAAGAGAAGAUUGUUAGAGUUCAAGAAAGAACCAGAGGAGAGGCUUCUUGAGUUUCCUCCUUCGCUCAAUUCCCACCAGAGAUAUCUUGUCCAUGAGCUUGCAGAAGGCUAUGGACUGUACCACUUGAGUACGGGUGAGGGGAAAGAGAGACGAAUCGUUGUUAGAAAAGAAAGGAAUGAGACACCUCAGGUUGAAAGGACAUUAGAAGAAAGAAACGCCCUUGUCACCAGGAAUGAUGAUUCCAACCUGUCUGUUGAGGAACUGGUGGAGGACUUUGAAACGGAGAAUAAAAUGGAGCUUUUAUCUGAUGGGGAGGAGGAAGCCGAAGAAGAAGCAACAGAAGAGGACGGUGCCAUAGCUGGUAACCUAGAAAAGUCAGAGUUGGAGCAGACCAAAGAGAAAGAGGGAGAGGUUAAGACCCGUGAUGCAGAGCCUGCUUCGGUGAAUCUUUUGAAAUGUAAAUUUUGUGGGAAGCGUUUACCACCGGGAAACCGGCUCCUGCAUGAGAUCCACUGUGAGAAGACGCAAGCCGAGAAGAAACGACAGAACUCGGCUGGGUUGAAUAAAAAGCAUCGGAAUAAAGCUCAGAAACAGAAGCAGAAGCAGAAUCUAGAGGAUGCCUCUGCAGAAGACUUUGAUACGCUUGUCGCCAUGGCAAUGAAGCGCGAUAAUGAGUGUAACUAUAAGCGAUGCCGAGAGAAGAUUACAAUUACUGGGUUGAUGUGCGAGUUCUGUACGAGACGGUAUUGCUUUAAGCAUCACAUACCGGAAAUACACGGAUGCGAGGAGAUAGCACGCCACCAUGUGCGGCAUCAGAUGUUGAAGGCAAAGGUCGUAACCAACGGCAGCGGGGUCAAGGAGAAAAAGGUUGACCCUGCACAUAGGGCUAAUCUUCAAAAGAAACUAGGCACUAAACUUGGGCAGCUUGGUGAACAAAGGCAACGCAAACAGAAACCAAAAUAACAUUAUUUUUUGUGAAUCACAAAAUGGUGCUAAUAGAAGCUCGUACUUUUGGCACUUAACCCUAAAGGACUGGGGGGAGCAUGAUGGCUCCCCCUCGACGCUUCGCGCAAUAUUUCAGAAAUGCAAAAAGUUAGGGCCCAUAAUUUUAUAACUUUUUUCUUUGAAGUCUCGCGCAACUUUUGAGACCAAAUUCGCGACAUACGGGUAUAGCAUUGUGACGUCACGUGACUUUUUACAAGACAAUGUCAUGCCGAAAAUGGCUAAUUUUUAUACUUUGUGUACAAAGUCUAUGGGAGAUGAAAUUCAUAAAAGGGUGAUUAUUUUUCGUUCUAAUCGGUCUGCUUAAUUAAUUUAGGGUUUAAUUUAGUUGUUAAAUGGUCUGUUAUAAUUUCCAUUGAAAAAAAACAGGGAAAAACAAAGAUGAAAAAACAAGGAAAAACAUAAGAAAUUCAAUAAACAAAAAAUACAUAAGGAAAAAAUUGGCUUUUGCAAUUUUUCUUUGUGGAAACCUUUAAUUUAGAUUACAAAGAUAAGAUCUGCAAAAAGAGAAGAAAAUUUGAAGUGAAAUUGGAUGUUAAAUAUAUACAAAUAAUGUUUUUCAUUGAUAAAUUUGCAUAUUUUAUUCAUAACAUUAUUACUUUCAGAAUAUUUUUUUAUACUAUCUUGUAUUUUAGUGGUAAGGAAUGUGCAUGCCAAAUUUCGGCACGAUCGCGUGAACGGCAGCCGAGAUCAGAAGGGGGGCCAUCAUGGCCCCCCCCCCCCCCAGUCCUCAAUAGAUCUCAAAUAGCCCAGUCCUUUUAGGGUUAAGAGGGCCAUUUGUAAAAGGCAAUAAUUUCCUCAUUCUGAAGUGAAGUGAGGUAAAAUGGAGGACUGAUAGCUAAUUUAUUCCUUGAAAUACAGAGCGUGUAACAGCCUCAGUGUUGUUUAGGAUACGCACAUGCGUGUGUUCCCUCUUUCAAGAACCACUCAUCUCAGAACUUCAAAAUGUCUGAUCCCCCUUUCGCAGACGUAUUGUGGGCUUUACCCCUUUGUACACCCCUCUCCCCCUUAGAUCCCCUUAGUCAUGGCUGGAACCCGUGAUGACCCUCUAGUUCAUAGUCUUGAGACCAAUCCACUGGGCCACAACGCUCCAUUAUUAAGUUUGCUUUUAGAAUACCAGCCUAUGUGCAAUCAUGUAUUAAAUCUAAGGCAUCUAGUGGUAGCAAUGAGUUCAUUUUUCAAAAGGUGACAUUUUUAUGUUACAACCCAAAUAGGAACAAUUAAAAAGGACAUGAAAAUAAUAUAUCCAUGGCAAAGUUAGCUGUAGUUUAAGCUUGCCAUAUAAUUUCUUACAAUUCAUCUUGUAUUGAAGUAAACAAAACAAAAAAUGAAUAUUGAAUAUAGUAACCUCGUAAUGAACAAGUGCAAUGUUUUGUUUGAAGGUUUUGUGUAAAAACGUGUAAGAGGUUCAAAACCACAUAGGACAUAAUAUCUUCGAAGUGAGACAUAUUUGAUUUAUAGAUAAUGUGGAAUAAAAUAUCGACAUAUUUUGAAAGUA